CGAUCAACGACACAAGUUAUAAAUAUCCAGAGACACAAACCACCAAAAAACAUUCGCUCUCUUCUCCCUCCUCCACUCUUUUUUUGGCCGAACUGCAAAGCAAAAAAAAAACCAUGGCCACAGCUCUCAACCUUUCACCACCACCAAUUUCACUUCUGAGGCCACUCUCGUACCGCAAAAUACCCAUGAUCACCACCACCAUUAGAGCAUCAACAAGCUCCUCUGAAACCUCUCCUCCUCUUACUACUUCCACCAAAGACCAAGGACUUUCCUCCUCACCAUCAUCAUCGGCAACUUUUGCUCCUCCACCUGAUUUCAAGCCACCGGUGCCGCAGCGCUUCGGUGUCAGACCCGACAAGAGAUGGGAAGUCUUCACCGCUUCUCUUGGCUUGUUUUUUCGCCUUGGGACUGGUGUUUUCGUUUCUGGGUAUUCCGUGUCCUUUGUUCCCAAAAAUGAGAUUCCACCUGGCCAGUACGCUCUUGAUGCUGGCGAUUCCAAGGCAAAAGAGACUUCAAAAUUAGGCCCUCGGCCAGAGAAGCCUAUUGAGAUAUAUGAGUUUGAAGGCUGUCCAUUUUGUCGGAAGGUUAGGGAAAUCGUUGCAGUGUUGGAUAUCGAUGUUCUAUUUUAUCCUUGCCCAAAAAAUGGUCCAAACUUUCGCCGCAAAGUUGCUCAGAUGGGUGGAAAACAGCAGUUCCCUUACAUGGUGGAUCCAAACACGGGAGUUGCAAUGUACGAAUCAGAUGAAAUAAUUAAGUAUUUGGUUGGAAAAUAUGGUGAUGGAAAUGUUCCUCUCAUGUUGUCACUUGGUCUACUGACGACUUUGACUGCAGGCCUUGCAAUGAUUGGUCGCAUGGGGAAGGGGUCUUCUUACAUUCCAUCAAAACUGCCACCUAAACCACUUGAAAUAUGGGCAUAUGAGGGUUCCCCCUUCUGUAAACUUGUACGUGAAGUACUUGUAGAGUUAGAGUUACCACACUUACUUCGCAGUUGUGCUCGUGGCAGCCCAAAACGGCAGAUACUAUAUGAGAAAGCUGGACACUUUCAGGUACCUUAUCUAGAAGAUCCAAAUACUGGGGUGCAAAUGUUUGAAAGUGCAGAAAUCGUGGAGUAUAUAAAAGCGACUUAUGCUGUUCAAUAAGCAAUGCUUUUCAAAUGUUUAGAGAUUUUGUUCUUUUUUCUCUUAUACAUCUCUUUCUUCACUUUUCUUUUGAAAAUGUAUGUUUACCUUGUUCCAAUAUAUAUACUCUGAGAUGUAAUUAUUGUAUAUUAUCAUAUUCUUUCUAGUGGAAUUAAGUGCCUCAAUUUGGUGUGGGCUGUACUA